CAUCGCUGAUGCCUUCUCAUCUCGCUAGAAUUGUCACUGCUCACUCAGAUACUCCAGUUGCAUAAAGCAUACAGCUGCCCUCAAUACUGCCAUGUCGAACCAUAACUACUCAAGCAACGGAUUAUUUGAAGCCUCUACUGCACCAGGACCUGUAAGUUUAUAUUAUCAAUAUUCUGACCGUGUAUCGCUGCAUCUAAUAACACCUUUCAGGUGGCCCAUCAAGCCGAAGAGAUGUUCCAGUGUAUGUGGGGUUAUGAACACGGGUUGCACUGCAACUACUUGAUUCGUGGCAUCAAUCUGUCCGUUCACCUGCAUGAAAUUCACGGAAUUAGUAGCCAAGAGACGACGCGCGCAGAGUGCAAAUGGAACCAUUGUGGUCUGCAGUUCAACAGUAAGAACCUCUGCGAGCACGUGGAGGGGACCCAUAUGGGGAUUAGAUACUUCUGCGACUGCGGGGGGACAUUCUUGCGCAGGGACAUUCUGAGAAUUCACAAGGAGAAUUGCUCGGGUCAGCAGUAUGUGGAUGGGAAGCCUUUCAACAUGGACAAACGCCAGGACGUGCCCAGAUGAUUCUUUCGUUGUAGUGCGUCUGUUUGUGCUUAUUCACACUGUCAUGACUUCAAUUAGUACAUCUACGGACUUAUGAUUCAAUCACAUACCAGUACCAAUUUCUUGUAUACACGUUUGUUUACUCCUGUAGUAGUUUGUUUCAUUUUCAAAUACGAAAUCAAAAUUUGCAGCAGCAAAUCAGUCUCACCAA